GAAGUGAAGCUGCCUGUUUUCCACACUGCACUUUGACUAUGGAAACAGAGGCUAUUGAUGGCUAUAUAACCUGUGACAAUGAGCUUUCACCUGAAAGGGAACACUCCAGUAUGGCAAUUGACCUCACCUCAAGCACACCCAAUGGACAGCAUGCCUCACCAAGUCACAUGACAAGCACAAAUUCAGUAAAGCUAGAAAUGCAGAGUGAUGAAGAGUGUGACAGGAAACCCCUGAGCCGCGAAGACGAGAUCAGGGGCCAUGAUGAGGGUAGCAGCCUAGAAGAACCCCUAAUUGAAAGCAGCGAGGUGGCAGACAACAGGAAAGUCCAGGAGCUUCAAGGCGAGGGAGGAAUCCGGCUUCCGAAUGGUAAACUGAAAUGUGACGUCUGUGGCAUGGUUUGCAUUGGGCCCAAUGUGCUUAUGGUACAUAAAAGGAGUCACACUGGUGAACGUCCCUUCCAUUGUAACCAGUGUGGAGCUUCUUUUACUCAGAAGGGCAACCUUUUGAGACACAUAAAGUUACACUCUGGAGAGAAGCCGUUCAAAUGUCCUUUCUGUAGCUAUGCCUGUAGAAGGAGGGACGCCCUCACAGGACACCUCAGGACCCACUCUGUGGGUAAACCUCACAAGUGCAACUACUGUGGACGAAGCUACAAGCAGCGCAGUUCACUGGAGGAGCACAAGGAACGCUGCCACAACUAUCUCCAGAAUGUCAGCAUGGAGGCUGCCGGGCAGGUCAUGAGUCACCAUGUACCUCCUAUGGAAGAUUGUAAGGAACAAGAGCCUAUUAUGGACAACAAUAUUUCUCUGGUGCCUUUUGAGAGACCUGCUGUCAUAGAGAAGCUCACAGGGAAUAUGGGAAAACGUAAAAGCUCCACUCCACAAAAGUUUGUGGGGGAAAAGCUCAUGCGAUUCAGCUACCCAGACAUUCACUUUGAUAUGAACUUAACAUAUGAGAAGGAGGCUGAGCUGAUGCAGUCUCAUAUGAUGGACCAAGCCAUCAACAAUGCAAUCACCUACCUUGGAGCUGAGGCCCUUCACCCUCUGAUGCAGCACCCACCAAGCACAAUCGCUGAGGUGGCCCCAGUUAUAAGCUCAGCUUAUUCUCAGGUCUAUCAUCCAAAUAGGAUAGAAAGACCCAUUAGCAGGGAAACCUCCGAUAGUCAUGAAAACAACAUGGAUGGCCCUAUCUCUCUCAUCAGACCAAAGAGUCGACCCCAGGAAAGAGAGGCCUCUCCCAGCAAUAGCUGCCUAGAUUCUACUGACUCAGAAAGCAGCCAUGAUGACCACCAGUCCUACCAAGGAAACCCAGCCUUAAAUCCCAAGAGGAAACAAAGCCCAGCUUACAUGAAGGAGGAUGUCAAGGCUUUGGAUACCACCAAGGCUCCUAAGGGCUCGCUGAAGGACAUCUACAAGGUCUUUAAUGGAGAAGGAGAACAGAUUAGGGCCUUCAAGUGUGAGCACUGUCGAGUCCUUUUCCUAGACCAUGUCAUGUACACCAUUCACAUGGGUUGCCAUGGCUACCGGGACCCACUGGAAUGCAACAUCUGUGGCUACAGAAGCCAGGACCGUUAUGAGUUUUCAUCACACAUUGUUCGAGGGGAGCACACAUUCCACUAGGCCUUUUCAUUCCAAAGGGGACCCCUAUGAAGUAAUGAACUGCACAUGAAGAAAUACUGCACUUACAAUCCCACCUUCUUCAGAUGUUGACAUACCUUUUUUUUUUUUUAAUAUUAUUACUGUCAUUAAUUCUUAUUUUGUGGACGCAGUGUCAUUUGCUCUGCCUAAUUACAAUAAGGAAGGA